GUCUUGAUCAUCCUUUCUAGGUUCCUGAGAUCCCCAAACUUUCUUCAUCUCCAGCAUAUAGGACAGCAAUAUGAGGCCUGAGAACAAGAGCAGCAUGUCUGAGUUCCUCCUCCUGGGGCUUCCCAUCCCACUGGAGCAGCAGGGCAUCUUCUUCGCCCUGUUCCUGGGCAUGUACUUCACUACAGUGCUGGGGAACCUGCUCAUCAUCUGGCUUAUCGGGCUGGACUCUCGCCUCCACACUCCCAUGUACUUCUUCCUCAGCCACUUGGCCUUCUCUGACAUUUUCCUUUCAUCUGUCACAGUUCCAAAGAUGCUCAAGAACAUGCAGACUCAGCAACCAUUCAUCCCCUAUGUGGGGUGCAUUUCUCAGAUGUGUCUUAUCAUAGUUUUUGGUUGUCUUGACAAUUUCCUUCUUGCAGUGAUGGCAUAUGACAGAUACGUGGCCAUCUGUCAGCCACUCCACUACACAACUGUUAUGAGGCAGGAGCUGUGUGUCUCACUAGUAGCUGGGUCCUGGUUCUUCAGUUGUGCACAUGCACUUUUGCACUCCCUCCUCUUGGUCCAAUUGUCCUUCUGUGCUGACAAUACCAUCCCCAACUUCUUCUGUGACCUCCCUGCUCUCCUGAAGAUUAGCUGCUCAGACAUCUUCCUCAAUGAGUUGGUCAUCUUCACCGAAGGAGCAAUGGUUGUCAUCUUGCCUUUCUUUAGUAUCUUAGGCUCAUAUAUCCAUAUUGGGAUGACAGUCCUGAGGGUCCCCUCCAGGAGGAGACUCUUUAAAGUAUUUUCAACUUGUGGCUCCCAUCUCUUUGUGGUGUCUUUGUACUAUGGGACCAUUGCAGGUGUUUACCUUUUCUCCUUUUCACAGAGUUCCAAUGAAAAAGACCUAAUUGCUUCAGUCAUGUAUGCAGUAGUUACCCCCAUGCUGAACCCCUUCAUCUAUAGCCUGAGGAACAGAGACAUAAAACAUGCCCUAGAAAUAUUUGUCAAUAAGGCCAAGUUCCUUAAGUGA